GGGACGCCAGCAGCCUGUCGGUUAACAGAAACGGAAACUAUUUUGUUUAUCAGUGGCUACAUCCUGUUGGACACAGCUUUCCUCUUCUUUCAAUCUGCUCUGGAACUGUUCAUACUACAAAACGGACAAUAUUUUGUCCCCGCCACUUUGUAAUAUUCAAAAAAACUUUGUUGCACACGUCGCUUAAAGCGGUCAGGAGAGUUUAACUUUGAAACAUCUGCCUGGAAAUCCUAUUUUGUUUUUUUCUGGAGGGUUCAGUGUUAGCUUGUAAGUAACCGUUAGCCUGCUGCUCUGAGAGCAGUGAUGCUCGCUGACAGAGUUUAUCUUUCUGCGUAUUUCGACUUUUGACUCAAAUCUGAUAGCCUUCAUACAUUAUGGCGAGUGAAAACGCCGAGACAAACGCGGGGAACGAUAAUGAAACUGGUCCUCCAUCCGAACCAAACGAGCACGACUAUGCCCACACUGCGGCCACUAACUUAACUUCGACGGAGGCGUCUUCCUCCUCGGUUACACCGGCGGCUGACGAUGGAGUACCCGUGCAGGAAAGCUUUACGACAGCGGCUGAACCCGAGCAUAGCUCGCCAGGGCAGCCCAACCUGCCGGUGGAGCUUCCCGAACCGGCCGUGGGUGCCGAAGUGGACUGCCCCGGUGGAAAUGAUGUGGAGGUGUCUUCUCCACCGAAGACCGAAGGGGACCCUCAAGAAGUAGAUACCACUAAACUUGCUGUUGUCAUCUCUCCCGCAAUGGGAUUAGGCCGCUGGCGUCCUAAGCGGCCGGAGGACAAGAACUGCGCCACCUGUAAGUUUUUGUUCGAGCGGCAGGGCCGCAGGUUCAACCGGAGGGCAGUGUACACCUUCAGCAACCCGGAGACUGUGCAUUGGGUCUUCCCAGACGCCACAGUGAACGAGAAGUCCUUCCUUUGCGAGACCUGUGCGCAGGUCAUCAGGAACAAAUGCAAACGCAAACAGAGCGGGAAGAGGACUCUGUGGCUGAAACCGCCUCAGACAAAACGGUCAGUGGUGAAAGACAAGAAUAAGAAAGGUCGCAGGAUGGGGAAGAAGAGCAAAGCGGCGCUGCUGGUGAGCAAGUCCUGCUACAAGUCUGCUUUCAAAAUGCUCUGGUCUGCCAAAGGCGCCCGGAAGCCCAUGAUGGAGUUCUGGAGCAAACAGCUGAAAGAGGAGAUGAAGGCGCUGACGAGGCAGACAGACAGUCCCUUUCAUCAGAAGGUGUCGAACAGAAAGCCCCUGUCUUCCUUCCCCUGGCGGCGCUGUCUGAACUGGGCCCAGGACAAAGCUCCACUCGUCACCACCUGCCUCACCGCGCUGUUCCCCGACAUCACCGCUCUCUCUAAGAGCAGCAACCAGAUGUCAGAGGACCAGGCCCAGACGCUGUUGGAGCGCCGGGCCGUGUUGGCGCUCUCCAUCCCGCUCUUCACCAGGAACAUCUGGAAGAACAACUUCCUGCAGGCCGCUCUGGGGGCAGAGCUGCGCCUGCAGGGCUGCUCUGGCACUGCUCUUGACGCCCUCAACACCAUGGGACUGUGUCAGAACAAAGACACAGUCAGGUUACUGCUGCACAGGCUCCGAAACGGCAAGAAGAAGACACUAACACAGAAUGGACGGCAGAUGAAAGGAGAACAGAUGUCCGACGUGGAGGAAGAGGAUAUUGAAGAAGAGGAGGAGGAGGAAGAAGAUGAUGAGGAAGAGGAGGAAGACGAUGAUGACGAUGAAGAAGAGGAGGAGGAGGAGGAGGAGGAGGAGGAGGAGGAUCAGGAAGAAGGCGAGGACAUGGAGAUGGCGGUAGAGGAGGAAGAAAUGGAUGCGGUAGAGGUAGAAGUGCAACAGGAAGAGGAGGAAAAGGCAGAGAUGGAGAAGAAGAGGAGGAAGAAGAAGGCGAAGAAGCAGAGGAAGGAGGAGAAGAGGAAGGAGAGAGGGAAGCGGAAGGAGAGGGAGGAGGUGGAUGAAGAGGAGGAGGAGGACGAUGAUGAUGAUGAGGAAGGGUCGGAGCAGAAGAAGAGGCGGGUCGUGGUGGUGAGGCUCGGCCUGCUGAAAGGACACUCAGAAGUCGGACGAUCUGACCUAUCGGCUCCCUAAGACUUUGUAGGCCUCGCCCAAGAACAUGCUCACCUCCAAUCAGAGAGCAGGACAGAGGUCCCGCCCUCAUCUCUGGGGGGGGGGGGGGGGGGCUUGAAAGGGAUUCUGGGAAUUGUAGGACAUCAGUAACUGGAGGGAAACCAAUGAGGGCUUUACUUUAAAUUCUUAUUUUGAUGUUGAAAAUCAGUUUGAGCCAGAAAUGAGUUAAUUUGAGCCCAGAAACGCCUCACAACACAGAACUGCUUCCCAUGAAAGUGAGACUAAUAACACACCCGCAGCUGAUUGAUCACAUGAUUAUCUGCAUUGGUUUUACCCCUGGGACACGUUCAGCCACGACAAAACGUCGCAAAAAAUAAAUGUUUAUUUGAACCGAAACGGUGGUUGUUGAACCACCUGCUGUGUGCGAAAAGCCGCCGCUGAUUGGAUAACAUCUCUGACACACCCACCAAACGGGAGAAAACACACCUUAAAGCUCGCUGCACGCGGUUUCACGCGGCUCUGAGGAAACGCGGCGCAUACGGUUUUGAGAUUAAAUGCCCCCGAUGGUGGUGUGUCUCAGGUUAGCUGGAUCUCAAAAUCAACCAACCUCCUCUUUUGUCCACCUUCCUGAUGAUGUUAGCGGCUUCCAGAAUUCAUUUUUGGGUAACAUUUUGUUUUCCAGAAGUCAUAGUUUCCUAGUAAUUUACUAGAAAGGAACUGAGAUGAAAUGUCUUAAACCUUAGGAAGGUUUCUGGACAGAACUAUGCAAUUUGGUACUAUUUGUAGGGACGUAUGAUGGAGUACUAGGUCCACUUGGGGAUAAAAGACAUUGGACAUUCGUCGUAAGUAAUGUCGUAAAAAAAAGCACACUACAAAAAGAAUUUCGUAAUUUCAGAAGAAAGACUCGUGAGAACAAAUCCACAUUUUAACCUGAAUAUGAAAAAGUUGCAUUUAUUAAAAAAAAAAAAAAAAAAAAAAAAAAAAUCAUU